AUGAGUUCACCUGUAAAGAAACUAUUUCUUCAAACGAAAGAUAAGUUCUGUGGCUCGGAUUUCUAUGUUUCCUUCACCAAUGCCAAUGCCAAUUCCAAUUCCAAUUCCAAUUCCACCACCCUGGAUUUAUCGGCGCUUAAUUCGGGAACCACGGUGAUAUUUCCAAAACUUCCUGUCAAGUUGAAGUGUCAAGUUAUUAAUCAAGAGAUCAGAUCUCAAUUAGAUCCUAUCUUUACUGUGGAAAAUUAUCAAAUCUUUGAAGUUGAGAGGUUAUUAGUAAACUUGCGAGUCUACCCUGACCCAAACCGCCUUUUUACGAACUGGGAUCCAAUUUUUGACAUCGAGGACAUGAUGGAUAUUACAAAUAUUUUAAACCACACUAUGUUUAAUUUUAUUAUUGAAUCAGAAAAAGAAAUUCCCCUUGUGUUAUCUUAUUUUUGCCGAAAAUCUCAUAUCAAGUUGGUGAGGAAAAUUGAAAACGACGCUAAACACUCACGAAACAUAUCAUCGAUUCUAAACAAUAUGACCGACCGGAAAAUCGAGUAUGACAUAAAGCACCAUUCAGAAAAUUACCCAAAUUUCAAUUUCUUUCAUCAUUCGGAAGAAUUAAACAACUUUUGA